UCCUUACGUAUAUUUUGACCUAAUGUUUCUAACUGUUUGGUUUGGACAAAUCAUGUCCCAACAGAGGAACAUCCGGCGGAAUCUUGGCACACGCGCAAUGUAAAAAUUCCACCACUGUUUCUUUCAUUCGUUUGCGCGGAAUCUUGGUUGGAUGAGCCAAAGCCAAGUGUGUGCGCGAGAUUUUCUUGCGCCAAAACCCCACCCCCCAAAAUCUCGGCCUUUUUUCCUUACCUUUAAUUUUUCGUCUUUCUUUUGUGCAAGAGAGUAGCGGCGGCCAUGAUUCCAAUCCCGCCCUCGAGUAGUAGUGUGCGACAACAAGCAGCCACCAGCAAGGGCAGGCUUCCACAGGCUUUUGCUUUUCUCCCCUCUUCUUGCUGCUUUACUGCCCCUUUCCUCGCUCUUUGAUCCUCUCCCUCCUUUCGCCCUCUUUCAUCUCUGGCGCCGCGCGUCCCUUUGAUCCGGGCCUGGCUGAUGGAUCCCGCCCAGCCGCUCCUGGAUCCUGCGGCGGCACCGAUCUGGAUCGCGGAAUUCGCGAUCACGAGCGCGCGCCGUGCGCAUUCCCUGGUGGAUCGAUCGCCUUGUAGCUCGUAGCGAGCAGGGCAGAUCCGUGAGUCCUCGGCAUUGGGUCGCCGAAUUGCCGCGCAAGGCAGGACUUUGGCGCAUGGAUCCGGAGAAUUUGGAGCGCCCCAAUCGGUCGUAAGCAGGGGGGUGACAUAGGCGAAGCUAAGCUAUGGAAGGAACGCUAAGCAGCGAGCUCUCGCGAGGGACAUUUGUAUUCGGCCUCCACCUCUGGGUUCUCAUCUGCAUUGGCGUGGGCGCCAUCAUCCUCCUCAUCCUCCUCGCGCUCAUCAUCUGGCUCACCUCUCGAUCCUCGUCCGGCAGCCACAACUCCUACGAGAAAUUCAGCUGCUGCUCCUCGUCGCAAUCGCUGCCCACCACGAUCCAGCAGCAGCGGAAAUCGUCGGGCAUCCCCAUCGUCACGAAAGAGAUCCAGGAAGUGGUGAUCGUCCCACCCUACGCGCUCCACCAUAGCCCGUAUCACAAAGGAGCCCCGCUGGACAAGGUCGCGAGGUCGAUUCCCGGGGACGACGCCCCCCCAAAGAGCACCCCUACGCGCAGCUCUAGCGGGAGUAGUAGCAAUAGGAGCGCCUUCUAUGGCGAGCAGCCGCCGCCCCAGCCCCAGCCCCAGCCCAAGGAGAUGGUCCAGCUGGGAUGGGGGCGAUGGUACAGCCUCAAGGAGCUCGAUCUGGCCACCAAUGGCUUCUGCGAGGACUCCAAGAUCGGCGAGGGCGGCUAUGGCGUCGUGUUUAAGGGAUUUCUCCCCGAUGGCAGCGUCGUCGCGGUCAAGAAUCUACUCAACAACACCGGCCAGGCCGAGAAAGAGUUUAGGGUGGAAGUGGAAGCGAUUGGAAAGGUGCGUCACAAGAAUCUGGUCAGGUUGCUUGGCUACUGCGCCGAGAGCUGCUAUAGGAUGCUCGUCUACGAAUACGUGGACAAUGGAAACCUAGAGGACUGGCUCCAUGGCUUUUCAUCACAGACUCAAGCUUUCCCGUGGGAGGCACGAAUGAAGAUUGCUCUUGGCACUGCAAAAGCGCUGACAUACUUGCAUGAAGCUUUGGAGCCCAAGGUGGUUCAUCGGGAUAUCAAAGCAAGCAACAUUCUUGUGGAGGGGGACUGGAACGCGAAGAUAUCUGACUUUGGCCUCGCAAAGCUUCUGGGAUCGGAGAAAAGUCAUGUCACAACCCGAGUGAUGGGAACGUUUGGAUACGUUGCUCCCGAGUACGCAAGCACGGGCUUGCUCAACGAGAGGAGCGACGUCUAUAGUUUUGGAGUCCUGCUCAUGGAACUCAUAACCGGAAGGGACCCUGUCGAUUACAGCAGGCCACCCGGAGAGGUGAAUUUGGUGGACUGGCUCAAAGUCAUGGUGGCAAACAGGCACUCGGAAGAUGUUGCCGAUCCGAGGUUGCAAGUAAAGCCCACUCCACGGAUUUUAAAAAAGGCGUUGCUGGUCGCAAUCCGCUGCGUGGAUCCUGACUCGCUGAGGAGGCCCAAGAUGGGACACGUCGUUCACAUGCUCGAGGCAGACGAGCUUCCAUACCGCCAAGAGAAAGCCCAAAGCGAGAAGCGAUCGACGUUUGGAAAUUCUCCCCACCAUCACCAGGCACCCACAAAACCAGCGCCACUCUCCAGAAGGGCCGAUGGCAAGGAGAACGAAGUGAAUGGCGGUGACAAGCACGCCAUCUACAAGCAAAACUGGAAGAAGUACGAGGUGUAGAGGAGGAUCCGGGAGAAAUAAGCGUGGAAGUGAAGUAAAAGCUGGAGAAGGAAGAGUUUCUUUUUUUUUUUGGUGCUGGUGUUUUCAUUUUGUUAGAGCUCUUGCAGCUUACAGCGCAAGUCAAGCAACUCCGUGGCAAUGUGGAUUUAUGUGGAUUUGGUGGGGCUGCCAGUGCGAAGAAGAAGAGCAAAAGAGAGAAACACAUGGUGUCACAGAUGAGGACGAGCGGAGGUCCCUGUCCUUGACUGGAAAGCUUUCUCUUGGAGGCGAGAGAUCAGCAGUGUUGACAGUUGGGAUUUCAGUCAAUGCUCCAUCCAAAUAGCUGUUCUACCGAAUGCAUAUCUGUACUAGAAAAUCAAGGGGAAAUUUCUCUUUUCC